AUGGAGCAGCCAGUCAUCUCUAUCACCUCCGCAGUUCUAAGAGACGAUCUGGGGCUUGGAGACUCGCUCAUCGGGAUCCCGAAACCAGUCCGGAAGCAUUCAUCUUUUGAAAGAGAAGGAUGGUGGAGAGUUGCACUAACAAAUACUCCUAUCCCUGGUACUUACCACUUGAAAACAUUUAUUGAAGAAUCCCUAUUAAAUCCAGUGAUCACGACCUACAGUUUUAAAAAUGAAGGAAGGAAGAAGCCAUCUCUUGUGCAAAGAAAUGAUCCAGUCCUAAAUGAUCUUCCCCACUAUAGUCCUCCUGGAUUCCUAGACCUGUUAAAUAAGCAAAAGGCCUCGUAUGCAUUCAAGGACAAGCCUCGGCCAAGCCCCAGCGCCCUGGUUUACAAAGAUAAGUCACUUCAGCUUGCCCCGGGGCAAUACGAUAUACUUCCUACACCAGUUCCCAAGUACGUGUCCAGGAGCUUUGUAUUUCGUUCUACAGUUCAAAGAUUCCCACCAAACUACUUCACUCCUCACGAAGGCCCUGGCCCAGGUCACUAUAAUUUAAGAACACCUCCAACAAGCUCCAUUACUUCUUGUUUUCGGUCCAGGGUUCCCCGAUUCUUGCCCAGCUGUUCAGUAAAAAACCCAGGGCCAGGAGCAUAUACAUCUUCAAGUCAGUUCCCUAAACAGUCCCCAAUCAUUGCAAAAAUGGGCCGAGAACACAGCCUCUUCUUCAACAACACAAUUGGAUCAGCCUAA